UGUUCACUUCACCCUGCCGUUACAACGUUCCCUCGUCCUCAUCGCUUCUGCUCAGCUCUUCCCCGCAGGCGCUCUGCAAAUCACAAUUCGAGCCAUGGACGUCUCUACUUUGAGUGCUAUGAGUCUCGCGAUUUGGGGAAGUUGAGUUUUUAAUUCGAUCGGCCUGUGUAUGCUUAAGAAGAAGAAGAAAAUGGAACCUCUACCUGCAGCUCGCUUGGAACCCAAUCAUCCCCUCCUGCAGACCAACCGUUCGAUGGUUUGCUCCAAUGAAAAACCACUUGAGAUGUUGCUGUGGCAGUGGCUCAACUAAACUAUCUUUGAUAACCUAGAGGCAUAACAUGGCGUUAUAUUGCCCAAGAAGAGUCAUUCUGCUUGCGGGCAUGCUAGAAUCUUGGCUUGGUCGGAGAUUCUGUUCGAGGGCCUCGGUCUCUCUCAAUGAGGGAAUCGGAAAAUCGGAACCCGGGUCGCCCUGUGAUGGACCAAGGAAGGGUAAUUGGUCUUUUGCAGGGACGCACCUGAACCUUUCUCCGUUCUUUCAGGGCACCGAGCCUCCGUCGGGUUGUUACUCAAUUGAAGUUGUGGAUGCUGAGGCUUGGCGGGUCUCUGCAGGGUUGUCUCAAGCAUGGCAUGGAAAUACUACUGGGAAUUCAGAUGGAGGAAAUUUCAUCGAGUCAGUAGAGGAGCCAGCAGGACAUAAUGAGACAUUAUCUAAUGAAGGGGGUGGUGGCCCUGAUCUUGACUUUGACGAGAUUGACAAUAUGAGAAUCCGUGGGAGCCUCUUCUACAAACUUGACAGGGCAUCUAAGGAGUUUGAGGAGUACAAAUUCGACUUCCACAGGAAGAAGUCCCCGAAGCAUAAAGAAGACCCCAAGGGGGUCAACGAAAAGGAGGAUCCCAUCCGAAACUCCCCUUCCAAAGUUGAAAAGCUUCACAAUGUGAAGAAGUUGACAACAAGGGACGAUAGGCCUUGGCAUUUGCUCGAUGGAUCCUACGAGAUGGGCAGUUCAAAGGAAGAGGAGAAGAGGAAGUUGCGGGUCCCGACCUUCAAUGAAGUUACUGGACCUUACCACGAGCCAUUUUGCUUGGACAUUUUUAUUUCAAAGGCCUCGGUGCGUGCCUGCAUUGUCCACAGGGUGACGAGUAAGGUUGUGGUCGUGGCUCAUUCAAUCUCUAAGGACAUGAAGUUCGACCUCACUUCAACAAGGAAUGCCAGGGCAUGUCAGGCUGUUGGGGAAGUACUGGCUCAGAGGGCUUUGGCUGACGACAUAUACGACGUGGUGUACACUCCAAGGAGAGGGGAGUUGUUGGAGGGGAAGCUCGGGAUCGUUGUUCAGGCAAUCAUCGAGAAUGGUGUCAAAGUGAAGUUGAAACUCAAGCAGAGGAAGCAAAAGGGUGGGAAGCGGUCAUCCUAGUCUCUCGUCACUGUAUUUAGAGGCUGUGCGACAGUUUGAUUUACUUAUUAGGCAUAGAAUGUAUGUGUAAUGACUCCGUUCGCCAUAUAAAUGAUUCUGCUCCAUAAUGAAGAUUCUGUUUAGCAUCA